GCCGCCGGUGGAGCAGCUCGCCCCUAUAAACAGGCUUCUCCCGAUGCAGUUUUCCACCCGCUCUUUGUCCGUGACCGGCCGACUGACGACGCGUUUCCCUUUAAGAUGAUGUCGGACACACACAUGCCUUAUUUAUUUAUUUUCUGUAACGUCGGCAGGCAAAAACUUGGACUAAAUAACAGCGUUAAAAACCCAGCGGCGGUGGGUAGGUAGAGGAGUGUAGCAUCCCCCGGCGGGCAUCAUCUCAGGGUUUUAGCUAGCUGUGCCCGGGACUCACUGGAGUCCGGUGUCCUUGCUUGUGUCAAAGGCAGCACUGGUGUUAAUGAGAGGCCACAACACUUCUCCGGGACAGACAUGUCUUUUCACAUAACAGACAAAGCGGACUGGCAUCGAGGCGCAGAGGAGAUACGGUGAAUGCGGUGAAACUACUCUCUUCUCCCCCUCCUCUCUCACCCCGCAAUGUUUUUGGAUGUUUGACAACGGCCAGUAGGAUUCGGGCUCACGUUUAACAACAUCUCUACGGGGAGCUCUCCCACAUCUCCCCUGGGGACCAACAAUUCCAACAACAUCCCCCCCACCUCCAUCUUUAACCCCCGCCCCACCCAAUGAUGACAUCCCCAGACUCUCCCCCGCUGGUCUCCCCUUCCCCAUGCCCUGCUCCCCCUCCAUCCCUCCCCUCCUCCCCUGUGCCUUCCUCCCCGGCCCCGUCCUCCUCCUCCCUCCCCGCCCCACCCUCGCUGCCUCCCACGGGGGAGGUUAUGGUUCUGGCUCUUGGCAGGAAGAAGCAGAGGGUGCUGAUCGCCCUCUCCAUCCUGCCCAACCUUUUCCUGGCCUUCCUGCUUUCUUCCGACCCCCUAAUCACCCUCUCCCCGCCCCACCACUGCCACCUGCCGGGGCCCUUGCCAUCGCCUGAGGUGCUGAACGCCUCCCUUCCCUGGGAGAAGGGGGAGCGGCCCGGGGACAGCGGGGGCCUGUCCCAGUGUAAGCAGUACGUCAACGGCAGCCAGUCGGCUGUGGUGGACUGCGACAGCGGCUGGGACUACAAUGUCACAGAGGGGCUGAGGAACAACAUUGUUACAGAGUGGGAUCUGGUGUGUGGUCAGUACUGGCUGGUCCCAGUGGAGGAGGUGUGUUUCAUCCUGGGCGUCCUGACUGGCUGUCUUGGCCUGGGCUAUGCCGCUGACAGGCUGGGCAGAUCCAAGACUCUGCUGACCUCUCUGACCCUGUCCGUGGUGUUUGGGGUGCUGGUGUGCGUCUCACCGUAUCCCUCUAUCUUCAUCGUCAUGCGUUUCUGUUUGGCGGCAGCUAGUGCGGGAGUCUACCUCACUCUGUACAUCACUCGUCUGGAGCUGUGUGAACCAUCUCUGAGGCUGGUGGGGACCAUGCUGGCUGGGCUGAUGACUGUUGCUGGAGAGCUGCUGUUGCUGGCCGUCGCCCUGGGCUGCCAGUCCUGGAGGGGCCUGCUGGGAGCCGGCGCCGCCCCAUUAACACUCUUCCUCAGUUACGGCAUUCCUGGGGUAUUUCCAGAGUCUCCUCGCUGGCUCCUUCUGUCAGAGAGAUCUGCAGACAUGAACUCCUUCAGUGAGAGAAGAAACUCCAACAGAGAUGUGAGGGACGACGAGAGCUUCACAGAGCUGGAUUCAGAGCCGGCCCCCUCCUCACGCCCCCACCUGUCCUUCCCUGAGCUCUUCCACAGCAGGAACAUCUGGAAGAACAUGUGUGUGCUCGGUUUCACCUCAUUCAUCUCUCACGGCAUUAGUCACUGUUACAGCUCUUUCCGAGGUGACGUCAGAGGCACGGCCCCCAGCUUCUAUUGGACGUACCUGCUGUCUGUGUCUGCAGGGGGCGGUGCUUGGCUGUUGCUCUGGGCGACCGUAGACAGGUGCGGUCGCCGUGGCAUCCUGCUCCUCGCAAUGACGAUGACGGGGCUGGCCUCUUUGAUCCUCCUGGGACUCAUGGAGUAUCUCAGUGAGACGGCCAUCACAAUUUUCUCAGUGCUGGGUCUCUUCUCAUCCCAGGCCACCGCCUCCCUUUGCAUCCUCUUCACUGCAGAGAUCAUGCCCACCAUCAUCAGGGGCAGUGGUGUGGGCGCAGUGCUCGCCCUGGGCUGCGUGGGCCGCCUCAGCUCCCCACUCAUGGACUUGAGGAACCACUAUGGUUACUUCCUGCACCACGUGGUCUACUCCUCUCUGGCCCUGCUGGCCGUGCUGUCCAUCCUGCUGCUGCCUGAGAGCAAGAGGAAGCCUCUGCCCCAGACGCUGGCCGACGGGGAGCAGUACAGACGCCCCCCGCUGGGCAGGAGGAGGAGGGACAAUGUGCCGCUGCUGGCCACGCCCAACCCAGAGACUUAAAGGACCCCUGAAAGAGUGGACUGUGCUUAAAUCAUUCACUUUGCAGCCAGAACAUUCACAUAGAUCAUGUUCAUGCAGCAGAGGAGAAAGCAAUAUAGAGACUUAAAGGUGAUCAGACACUCUAAGCUUCCUAACAUAUCAUCCUCUAGUCAUUCCAAACGCAGGCGGUUGGGUUGAGUUGCCAUUUUUCCUGCCAUUCAGAUGUGUGUAGAUCUGACACACUGCGUUCACGCACACAUGUAGGGAAGUCUUCAUCCUUCAUACCAUCUCUUCAUGACCAGACAGGGGGUCACCCCCCCACCCCCACCAUGUGACACACCAGCAUACACUGCUGCACGCAGUCCUCCAGUGUGUCUGUCGUAGAGAUGUUAGCUGCUUACUACUGACACUCCAGACCAGAUGUGGCGUCAGAGAGUAGUCGCAAAUUAUUCCUAGCAUUUGUCUUAACCUGCAUAGAACGUUUUUUGUCGUGUUUGCUGUGUACGACAACACAAUAAGUGCUCGGAGGUGUGCAAAAUCAAAGCAAGGUCAGUUUUGUAUACUUUCCUUGUCACUUGUGGUAAAAGUUUCCCAUCUGUCACUCCAAACAGGGACGGAGCAGAGUUCUCGGACAUAUGUUGCAUAUGUUGUAAGACUCCAUUGGAGUUGUAGGUGUUACAUGCCUUGUAAAUACUCUAGACUUAGUUUCUUUAACUUCUUGGGGCAUCUGAGUUUUGUUACAGUAAACCUUGUGGCUGGAAACUGUACAGUACACUAUGCAGUGGAGAAGCAGUGCAGAGCACUUUGAAACAUUCUUUUUAAAGGUGAUUGUGGUUAAUUUGACCAGAGUCUUCAAAUUUAAGGGACAGUUUUAUGAACGUAAAUCAACUAUUAUCAAGAUUGGGAUCAAAACAAAACAAAAAAGAGGCCUUGAAAACAGAAAGGUGUUCAUGUUCAAACUGUGUAAAUCCAGUUAAUGAAUCUGGCCUGGAGCCAGGAAUAUUUAUGUAUUAUUUAUGUUGUUAUUAAGCAUAAUCAGUAAAUUAUCCAGAGGCCUAUUAUUUUUAAAUAUUAAGCUAAAUAUUGUUAAAUUGGGUUGGCAUGGAAUAAACUUUCCAUUUUCUGAUGUCUCUGAUCAAAUAACAGUGAAGCUGUUAACUGUCACAACAUUCCUGCAUGUUUGGAAGCACUGAAGGGCUUGUUUUUCUGUAUUUCCUCAGAAGCUUAUAGUUACUCAAUACCUCUCUAGAUGACCAGUCUCAGCUGUAAGAGAAUAGACGGGUACAAACAAACUACAGUAGAAGUUAUAUAACCAGGCACAUGUUUUUUUUGGUCAAUGACUGAACUGUAGAAGUUUUGAAAGUGGUCAUCUGUUAUUUUGCCUGAAUGUGUAUUGAUGCUGGAAAAAGGGCCCGAUGAUUAGGCUCCAUGAGGUUUGAAAGGGAGCUGAGGGCCCCGGAGCUCCAAAUUAACCCCCCCGAUUCCUCAAGCACACACCAAGGAUAAUGUUUUUCUUCAAAGCUUCUUUAUUUUGAGUGUUGGCUGAUGCCAUGUUGCAUAUGGAACAAGUUAAAUCAUGGUAAGAGAAUUACCAAAGCAUGUCGGUUUCAGUGCUUCAAAAAGGUCUGGUGUGUGUUUUGUGUGUGCUCGGGUAAUUCUUCUUCUCAAGUGUGUGUGGGUGCCUGAGGAGGAAAGCGGAAGGGGUUUAAUUUGGACCCUGAUGUUGAGGAGUCAUUAAAGAAAUGAUGGACACUCACCUUUGCUGAUGGCUUCUUCCUCCGUCAGCCUUUGGUAGUUUUUUCCUCUGUAUGUUGCACUUAUACACUGAUUAUUAUCACUAUGAUUAACUUGACUCGAGUAGUAUUAUGUCUGACAACACUGAUGAUCUGUUUAAUGAUGAGUGUGAUGCAGUUAACUCUAUAGCCUGAUUUAAUGUAAAAUAAAACUGGUUAAAUAAA